AUGUCAGCGUCGCGUACUGAGCUCAUUGCUUGGGUCAAUGAACUCCUAGGCCUAAACUAUACCAAAGUUGAGCAAUGUGGAACAGGUGCAGCGUAUGCUCAGAUUAUUGACUCUAUUUACGGCAAUGUGCCCAUGUCUCGCAUCAACUUUGCGGCUCGGCAAGAGUACGAGUCGCUUGCGAACUACAAAGUACUGCAGAACGUAUUCAUCAAGAAUAGGAUCGACAAGCCGAUCCCUGUGGACCGCUUGGUUCGAUGCAAGAUGCAGGACAACCUCGAGUUCUUGCAAUGGAUCAAGAAGUUUUGGGACAUGAAUUACACGGGAGAAGGCAUGUACGAUGCCGAAGGUCGUCGUGCAGGCCACCCUGGCACACCUGGUUCUGCGAUGGGCCGUCGGUCUGUGUCGAGUGCCGGUGCUCGCCCGCGUCACAGCGUGGCCCCUCGUCCCUCAGGUGUGGGCCCACGCCCCUCAACAGUGGGGCCGCGCCCCUCAACAACUGCUGCUCGAACCCCUGCGGCUGGUCCGCGCCCUCCGUCAGCGGCACAUACUUCUCGCACCCAGGCUGCCAACGCGACGACUGGCCGACGUAUGUCUAUGGCGCCGCGAGGUAUGGCACGUGGUCCGUCUAUCCCCACUGAAACGAUUAAUCAGCUUACCGCCGAAAUCGAUGAAAUGAAGCUCAGUGUCGACAGUUUGGAGCGUGAGCGUGACUUUUACUUUGGCAAACUGCGUGACGUUGAAGUGAUUAUUCAGGAGCGCCUUGCUGAGUUGCUGCAGCCCAAAGAAGAUGGUGGGGAAGAGCUCACAGAUCCUGCCUUUACCUCAGAGGCAGAGACACUCAAGCAGAUUCAGGGUGUAUUGUAUCAGACAGAAGAAGGUUUCGAGCUCCCAGAUGCUAUGGAGCCUGAGCAUGGCCACGAGCCGGAACAUGAGCCAGAACCUCUGGACGACACAGAGACGUUUUAA